GAGCCCUUUCUCGCCAGCAACUGCUUCCUGUCCUCUGUCCCUGUUAAUGCUUCCCUCCCCCAGCCCCGCCAGUUCACAGAUGGUUCCAGGCACCAUCUAUGCUGGGUCCCAGGGCUCAGACCCCCAGAGAGCCCUGUCCAGGGGGGCUUUCCACAUCCCUCCAUACCCUGGGGGUCACUCCUCCUGGGCUGCAGGGCUGGGGCAGAGAGAGGGGAGCGGGCAGACUCUGCCGGCGUCCUCAGAUGGCCCUGACCCAUCCCGGUCGCUGCCCAACCCCCCAGGCUUGGCACUUGGCCAGCUGUGAUGCCUGUGAUCCCAUUGAGCUCAGCUCAUGGGUAUCGAGGGUCCGGGCUGAAGGGACUAGGGGGACUCUGACCGUGACCCCAUCUGCACUGUGUUGUGUGCCCUCCAUCACCGCCCCCGCCACCCGGACGCCCACGGCUCACUCCCACAGGCCCUGCAUUUGCCAAAGAGCUUACAAAUCCCCGUGUCUGGAAGGGGCUCUAGAAGGAUGGAGUGUGGUGGCAGUAAUUUCCAGGCAGGCCAGUCUCCCAGGAUCCCGCAGGGCAGCCCCCAAGCCGGAAAGUCUCCCAGGAUCCCGCAGGGCGGCGCCCGAGCCGGGAAGUCUCCCAGGAUCCCGCAGGGCAGCCCCCGAGGCCGGAAGCAGCGGGCGGGGGAAGAAGGGCAAAGGGGGCGCGCGGAGGACGCAGGCCUGGGGUGUGGAGACCCCGCUCCGAGCCCCGCUGGAGGCCGAGGCCGCCCAGCUGCUCCAGGCCCUGCCUGCCUGGGGAUUCCGGUCGCGGGGUCAAUAAUUAACCCGCCUGGCUCUGCGGGUGCGGGCCGCCGGCUCCCGUGGCUGUUUGGAUUCUCACUGUUGGGAGCAUUUCAAGCGCCUGCUGGUAAACAGUGGCCCUCCAGGCACGCGAGCCCUGCCAAAGUGCUCGUCCCCGGGAGGGGCCUGGCCGCAGUUCUGAAGAUGCUGCCCAUGUUCCAUGACGAGGAGUACGCCCGGGCCCGCGGCCUCCCCGAGGACACCCUGGUGCUGCCGCCGGCCAGCCCCGAACAGAGGGUCGUCUACACAGUGCUGGAGUGCCAGCCCCUCUUUGACUCCAGUGACAUGACCAUCACUGAGUGGGUGCAGAUCGCCCAGACCAUCGAGAGCCACUACGCGCGGUACGACGGCUUUGUGGUCAUCCACGGCACCGACACCAUGGCCUUCGCCGCCUCCGUGCUCUCCUUCGUGCUGGAGAACCUGCAGAAAACCGUCAUCCUCACCGGGGCCCAGGUGCCCAUCCACGCCCUGUGGAACGACGGCCGGGAGAACCUGCUGGGCGCCCUGCUGCUGGCCGGCCAGUACGUGAUCCCCGAGGUCUGCCUGUUCUUCCAGAAUCAGCUGUUUCGGGGCAACCGGGUGACCAAAGUGGACGCGCGCAGGUUCGCGGCCUUCUGCUCCCCCAACCUGCCGCCUCUGGCCACCGUGGGCGCUGACGUCACGAUCAACCAGGAGCUGGUGCGCAGAGUCCGUGGGCAGGGCCGGUUGGUGGUGCACAGCAGCAUGGAGCAGAACGUGGGCCUGCUGCGCCUCUACCCCGGGAUCCCCGCCUCCCUGGUCCGGGCCUUCCUGCAGCCCCCCAUGAAGGGCGUGGUCAUGGAGACCUUCGGCUCCGGGAACGGGCCCACCAAGCCCGACCUGCUUCAGGAGCUGCGGGCGGCGGCCGAGCGUGGCCUGGUCAUCGUCAACUGCACCCACUGCCUCCAAGGUGCCGUCACCUCUGACUACGGAGCCGGCAUGGCCUUGAGCGGCGCCGGGACCAUGUCAGGCUUCGACAUGACGUCCGAGGCGGCACUGGCCAAGCUGUCCUAUGUGCUGGGCCUGCCGGGGCUGAGCCUGGACGGCAGGAAGGAGCUGCUGGCCAGGGACCUGCGCGGGGAGAUGACGCCGCCUGCCGUGGACAAGCCCCGGCCCUCUCUGCGGGGCGGUGUGCUGGGGCGCGGGGUCGCCCAGCUCCUCAGUCUGAGACAGGAGGCCGACGAGGCCUGGGAUGCCCUGGUGCCCAGCCUGGCCUGUGCCGCGGCCUACGUGGGUGACCUGGAGGCCCUGCAGGUGCUGGUAGAGCUGGGCAGUGGCCGGAGCCUAGAGGACUUCAGUGGCCAAACCCCACUGCAUGCGGCCGCCCGGGCUGGCCAGGCUGGGGCUGUCACCAUGCUGCUGCAGAGAGGGCUGGACGUGAACGCCCGGGACAAGGGCGGCCUCAGCCCCCUGCUGCUGGCCGUGGGGGGCAGGCAUAGGGAUGUCAUUGGGCUGCUGCGGGCAGCUGGGGCCUGCCUGUCCCCCCAGGAGCUGGAGGACUCGGGGACGGAGCUGUGCCGGCUGGCAUCCAGGGCGGACUGCGAGGGCCUGCGGGUGUGGGGGCAGGCAGGGGCCGACCUGAGGCAGCCCGGGCAGAGGCAGCUGGGAACCUGGAAGUGGUGGCCCUCCUGCAGAACCUUCGGGGUGGGGCUGGUGACCAGGCCCCGGGCCCAGCCACCCCACAGGGCAGCCGGCUGCAGCCCUGGAGGCCCGGCCAUGGCCAGGAAUCUCCCAAGCCUGGAGGGACCCUGCUGUGCCCGUCCUGCCCAACCCGCACCCGCCCGGACCCCAGCACCCACUGGGCCAGGUGGACUGUGCUCCCAGCUGGCUCCCCGCCCCCACCGUGUCAGCUGGCCUACUGGAAGACUCUCCCUCUGGUUGGCUUUGCUCAGGAAGUGCUGCCUGGUGUCUAACCUGAAGCCCUCCUGCUGCGGCGUGAGCUGUUCCUUCCUGUUGAGACCUGCUGGAGGGACGGAGCUACCCGGCACCCCCGGCCCUGACCAUGCUGUGCACCCCCGGCCUCUGCCCCCCGCCCCCCACCCUGCUGCGGAAGCUGCUUCCCAUUCUGUGUCCAGGACGCAGCCUGAAGGACAUGGUUGGGGAGAGUGGCCAUAAAGUCCUUCUGAGGACCGUUCUCCCCCACCAGCCUGGCUCCAGUGGG